CAUGGGAUCGCGGAAGUAGCUGUGAUUUUGAAGACUUGUUUUUCUCCAUCCCCCAGCAGGGAGUCUAUUUCGAAAGCAAAAUUAAUUAAUUCAUGCGAAUACAUAGGCAAAGGAGAAGCAUAAGUACGUCAUGUUACAAUGUAUAGCUAGCUAGCUAACUUCUAUAUGUUUAUAUGUUGACAUUACGCUUGUCACACAGAAAUAACAUCUUUGUUUGUCAGAUAGCGGCUAGCCUAAUGUUAGCUAGCUAGCCAAAUAUGUUUUUGUGUUAACUAGCAUGCUAUCUGCACUGUUUACGUGUCUGUACAAGUUCCAAUGACAACUAGUUAAUCGUUUUCCUAGCAUUUCAAAACAUAGAAAGUUAGUUGGUUCACAUUGCUCAAGUUAAGUUACGUGCAAUGACCGGUGCCAAGUAAUUGCUGGUCUAAGUGAUGUUCAGAUUGACUGGUCUGUAUAGUAUAGUACGCAGGGCAGUCUGCAAUGGCACAGAGGACGUCGUGAAAGGCAAAUUCUUCUACGCUGUGAGGAAAGGAUUCAAACCUGGCGUUUACAAAACCUGGGAUGAAUGUAAGAGCCAAGUCGACAAGUUCCCAUAUGCCAGCUACAAGAAGUUUGCAGCAGAAAAGGAUGCAUGGGCAUUUGUCAGAAGCCUAGCAACCUCGAUAACACCAGACCUGUCAGAGGGAGCCAGCUAUGAGGCAACACUCCCUAGAAGAGCACCGAAGGCCCUUGAGUACAUACCCAUUGGUCAGAAGAGGCACUAUGAUCACAUAGACGAGGAGGAGGUGUCCCCUGCCAAACAGAGUCAAUACAGCAGCCCAUCUUCAAAAAGCUCUGAUGGAUUCACCUACAUUGGGGAUGCAGUGGUGGUGUACACAGAUGGUUGUUGUUCAGGCAAUGGGAAGGCCGGGGCCCGAGCUGGCAUCGGAGUGUACUGGGGACGUGACCAUCCUCUGAAUGUAGCUGAACCACUGGAUGGAAGACAGACCAACCAGAGAGCCGAAUUACAGGCAACAUGUAAAGCCUUGGAGCAGGCCAAAGAGAUGAACAUCAAGAAGUUGGUGCUUUAUACAGACAGCAAGUUCACCAUAAACGGUGUCACCAGCUGGGUGAAGAACUGGAAGCUAAACAACUGGAGGCUCAACUCUGGUGGCCCCGUCAUCAACAAAGAGCACUUUGAAAAACUUGACAAGCUGAAUGAAGAGCUGGAGGUUGUAUGGUUGCACAUUCCGGGCCACGCUGGGUACCCAGGGAACGAGGAGGCCGACAGGCUGUCCAGAGCCGGAGCAGCGAAACACUUAGAUUAGCCAAAGGAAGAUGAUCUCAUUUACUGCUCCUGGGCAGUUCAUUCAACAUUUGGAUUAUGGUUUUGAAUGGAAUAUGGGAAUUAUAUAUUGUCUGUUCUGUUGGGCUGCCAUGUUCUAAAUGUUAUGAAAUAACAUCUAUUUCCAUCCUGUUUGACAUGUUGUAAAUGUUAUGAAAUAACAUCUACUUCCAUCCUG